AUGCCCAAUUACUGUUGCAGAUUUUGCCGUGAUUCUGGCAGAAGUGACGAUUAUGUUGCCCCAAUAGUGUAUCUGUGGCACAGCGAGUCAUAUCCGAACGUCAGAGUUGUUAACUCUAAUUUCCAAGGCAACCAGUUUCCCUGGGAGGCGAACUCGUGGAGCUUCACGAACGAUCCCUUGUACCCACCUGCAUCCAUGGAGGAUAGAGAGUGCGGCAUCUGCCAGGACGCAAUAGAGCUUGAGAAUAUGAACAGCUACGCCGCUGUGAUCGCCAAUUGCCAGCAUAUGUUCCAUACGACUUGCCUCUCUAGAUCGUUCGUUUUCCAAGAACGCGGCGCUAGCCAUCUGCCGGGUAGGAGGGGAAUUUGUCCGAUGUGUAGAGGAUCAGUAGACAAAGUCUAUACAGGUGCUAUAGAAUGCAGUUAUGAGAGAUGGAGGAGAAUCAGGAAUCAGCGCGGUUUGCAGCGAAUCAUUUUUAAUACAUUUUCGGAGGUAAGGGGUGAGGAAGGAGAAAUACAUAGUCCGGAACGUUUUCCAUACCAUGCCUAG